CCUGGAAGUCCACUGCCUCGUCCGCUUCACUGAAAACACGACAAAAGACCUCGUAACCGUCGAAUCCUGUACGACAAGAAAGACGACGAACUCCGUUAACUCGUUAUCUUCAGUGACGACCACUCCCUCCCAGCCUCGCUCUGCUCCCUCCACGUGUCUUCCGAAACUUCCAUUUCCAACAGAUAACCCGUCCCUCACCAGUCAACCACCGCCCCAAAGCAAUCUUUAUCCUCUCUCUCUCCGCACCUCGAAAAAGGCAAAUCCAAUCUCUCUUUUAUUAAAUAUAUAUUCUUUGCCUCUUCUUUGUAGCUUAUUUGUUGCUGUAGUUGCUUGAUUGGGUCACCUUUAUCUUUCGUCUCUUUUGCUUUGCUUUGGGUCUUUGGAGGGGUUGAGAAAGAUGGAUCAUGCAGCUGAUGCUCAUAGGACUGAUUUGAUGACAAUAACACGCUACGUGUUAAACGAGCAAUCUAAGUACCCGGAGUCUCGUGGCGAUUUCACCAUUUUGCUUAAUCACAUCGUUCUUGGCUGCAAGUUUGUUUGCUCUGCUGUUAACAAGGCUGGUCUUGCCAAACUCAUUGGACUAGCUGGGGAGACUAAUGUUCAGGGUGAAGAGCAAAAGAAACUGGAUGUGCUGUCAAAUGAAGUCUUCAUCAAGUCUUUAGUAAGCAGUGGCAGAACAUGCAUCCUUGUCUCAGAAGAAGAUGAAGAGGCAACAUUUGUGGAGCCCUCAAAGCGGGGAAAGUACUGUGUUGUUUUUGAUCCACUAGAUGGUUCCUCCAACAUUGAUUGUGCAGUUUCCAUUGGAACGAUUUUUGGGAUUUACAUGGUGAAAGAUAGCCAUGAACCAACUCUAGAUGAUGUGCUGCAGCCUGGGAAGCAUAUGUUGGCAGCAGGCUAUUGCAUGUAUGGAAGCUCUUGCACGCUUGUGUUGAGCACAGGAGAAGGAGUUCAUGGAUUCACCCUUGAUCCAUCUCUUGGAGAGUUCAUACUAACCCACCCAGACAUCAAGAUUCCAAAAAAAGGAAAGAUUUAUUCAGUUAAUGAGGGAAAUGCUAAGAACUGGGAUGGUCCAACGGCCAAGUACGCUUUAAUUAAGUAUGUGGAAAAAUGCAAGUUCCCUAAAGAUGGUUCCUCAUCAAAAUCUCUGAGAUACAUAGGAAGCAUGGUAGCUGAUGUCCAUCGCACAUUACUCUAUGGGGGUAUCUUUUUGUAUCCUGCGGAUAAGAAGAGCCCCAAUGGGAAGCUGCGGGUUCUCUAUGAGGUCUUUCCAAUGUCAUUCUUGACGGAACAAGCUGGAGGUCAGGCAUUCACUGGCAAGCAACGGGCACUUGACUUAGUUCCGACAAAGAUACAUGAGCGAUCUCCAAUAUUUCUUGGCAGCUAUGAUGAUGUUGAAGAAAUUAAAGCACUGUAUGCUGCAGAAGGGAAGAAGGAAUAAAUGUUUCAGACUGUGUUGUAAAAAGGGUGUUAAGGACAUGGAUUAACAAACCAUUUCUGCAGAGCUGAUACUGAUUGCUAUUCAAUUGGCAAAGGCAUAUGUUGAUUGCUGGUUAUACAUGGCAUCCAAUAACAACCUAGCUGAAGCUAAGAUGAGCUUCAGUGACUGCUUAAAGUGGUUCUUGCAGAGGUCUCCCACGGUGCGUUGUUGUGAAUUGAAGCAGCUUUCCCCCGCCAUUCAACAAUCAUAACAAAGAAGUUCUUUCAGAGUGCUUGAUUAGUUCACUUGUUUCAAUCUUAGCUUCCUCAAUCAAUUCAUUUGACAAGUUCAAAUAAUUCCAGGCCAUUUGCAUAUAAUUGAAAUAUAGGUUUGAAAAACAAAAAUUUUUUAAAUUGAUUGAACUAUAUAUUUCUUACCUUUUAGCAAAGUAUCCUCAUAUUUAAUUUUUGUUUUCCAUGAUUGAUGAAAAGUAUAAAUUAUAUAACUGUUAGAUUUUAAUUAGUAAUUAAGUGAAGAGCAGAUCAUAAAUCACUUAUUAAGAAAUAUAAAUUAUUUUGUUUUUUUUCUUCUUGCAAAUUUACUUGCUCUGAAAGUUUGGAAAUGAUAUAAUAAGGUAUGGUCAUUCUUCUUUUUUCCAUUUUUAUCAAUCACUUAAAAUUCAGUACUAUGCUAGACAAAACGAAGAGGCUUUUACAUUGUGAUAUAAGUAUUUUGUAAGUAUUUUAGUACUUGGAAAGUUUCAUGGAAUUCCAUUCUGUUGAGUCUGACCAAAUUCAGGAGACCAGACCACAAUUCCAAGCCAGUCAAAUAUUGUAUGGUCAAUGUGCAACUGGAAGAACAGAACCUUGCUACUUCUUCUCAAAGGGGCAGUCUUUCAAUAAAAGAAGGAAGAAGAGGAAUAUGUUGUGUGUAGAGUAGAGAGUAAUUUGAUCUGGAUAUUAAUUUAUUAUGCCAAGAGCAACCUUCAAGCUUCUUGUUGCACAACACAACUACUAC